CAGUCAUGGGUCAGCUGUUCUCUUCAUCUAAGGAUGAACGCUACAAAGAUUUGGCCUCCAGCUUUGCCGAAUAUUUUAAGAAGUUUAAAACAGGAAACAAAAUCAUUCCUCAGGAAACCAUAGCUUCAAUUGAGUUAAGCCUGAAAGAAGGAAACAUUCAGGGGGCAAACUCUUCAAUCACUGAUGCAGUAAAAAAAAUUGACAGUGCCCCACUCAAUGUUGCUGUGACAGGGGAGUCUGGAGCAGGGAAAUCUACCUUCAUCAAUACCCUGAGAGGGGUUGGGCAUGAAGGGAAAGAUGCAGCUGAAGUUGGGGUGGUGGAAACGACCAUGGAGAGACAUCCAUACAAACACCCCAAUAUUCCCAAUGUGGUUUUUUGGGACCUGCCUGGGAUUGGAACCACAAAUUUCCCACCAAAAGAUUAUCUGGAGAAAAUGAAAUUCCAUGAGUAUGACUUCUUCAUUAUUGUUUCUGCCACACGCUUUAAGAAAAAUGAUAUAGACCUCGCCAAAGCAAUCAGCAUGAUGAAGAAGGAAUUCUACUUUGUGAGAACCAAGGUGGACUCUGACAUAAGCAAUGAAAAGAUAUUCAAACCACGCACCUCUAACAGAGAAAUGGUCCUACAGAAGAUCCGCAACGACUGUGUGAAAAUCUUUAAGGACAAUAAGAUUGAUGAACCACCAAUCUUCUUGAUCUCUAACAUAAAUUUGUCUGAUUAUGAUUUCCCUAUCCUGAUGGACAAGGUUAUGAGUGUUCUCCCUGUACACAAACGACAUGUUUUUAUGCUCUCUUUGCCUCAUAUUACAGGUGCAUCCAUUGAAAGGAAGCAGCAAUUCCUGAAGCAGAGGAUUUGGCUAGAAGCCUUUACAACUGACCUCCUGAGUAUCAUUCCUUCACUGAGCCUCUUCAUGGGCAGUGAUGUGGAGAAUCUGGAGAAAAGCCUGAACUUCUAUCGAACUGUGUUUGGAGUGGAUGAUGCAUCCUUGCAGAGUUUGGCUAAGGACUGGCAAAUGUCAGUGGAUCUGAUCAAGGCAAAGAUGAAAUCUCCUAAUGUGUUUGAAACUACAAACAAAGAAACAAUACAAGACAGGCUUUCAAGAUAUUAUGAGGAGUUCUGUUUAGCUAAUGGGCAUUUGAUUAAUAAGAAUGUUUAUGUUAAAGAAUUAUAUUACCUAAAAUUAUAUUUUGUUGACAUGGUGACAGAUGAUGCUAAUGCUCUCCUCAAAGAGAUAUGUUCAAGAAACAACUUGGUGUCUGAUGAGGCUGAAAUCCUGUAGUUGUCAAAAAUCAGAAUCAAUGACAGAAACAUAGGACACUGAUAUUGCAAAAUUACAUACUGGGUUUAUUCAUGCCAUCAAGGCUUUAUCCAUACUUAGUGAUCAUAUAUCCACAUUAGCUAUAGCUGAGAUCAAUCAGAUGUAUGUAAAUAAGCUGAGAUCUAAGAACUAUCUACUCACUUUGAAUGACCUCUCAGAAGGAGUAAUUGCACAAUUAUUUGAAUUACUUGACUAUGAAGCAGCAUCCAUUUUUAGGUUUAACAUUGUGAUGGUUACAGUUUUGGACAGACUCUAGAUCACAUGAGAGAUGAACCUCUGGGCUUGCCUUUGGGGAAUUAUGUGGCUUAUGUUAAUUGAGGUGGGAAGCCCUGCCUGCUGUGGGUACUAUCAUUCCCUAGCUAGUGUGUAUCUUUGAGUG